AUGAUCGAAACCCAAGGCUUCGGCUCCUCCCAAGCCUCCGAGAAGAAAAACAUCAAACCCCUAACCUUCCACCGCGCCGAGCCCAAAGGAACCGAACUCCUCAUCGAAAUCAUCUACUGCGGCCUUUGCCACUCCGACCUCGAACUCCUCGCCAACAACUGGAACACCACCAAAUACCCCUGCGUCCCCGGGCACGAAGCCGUCGGGCGUGUCACCGCCACAGGUCCAGAUGUCCAGCACUACCGACCCGGCGACAUCGUCGGCGUGGGGACGCUCAUGGAUUCUUGCCUCGCAUGCUCCGCGUGUGUGGAGGGGGUCGAGAACCACUGCGAGGGACCUAAUGGGCCGACGAUGUUGCACGGGGGGUUUUUGACGCCGGGGAGUAAGGAGGCGGCGGGGUUGAAUACGUUUGGGGCGUGGGCGGGGAAUGUGGUUGUUAAGGAACAUUUUGUUGUCAGGAUUCCGGAGGGGGCGGAUCUGGCGAGGGUGGCGCCGAUAACCCUAACCCUAAACCCUAAGGGACGGAUACGCCACCUCGCGCUCCAAAUGGCGAAGAAGAUGGGCGCGGGACAUAUUGUCGUCUUCACGACCCAUCCCAAAGAGAAACACGAAGCAGUCCUCCGCUUCGGCGCAGACCAAGUCAUCGACUCCAACGACCCCGCCGCAAUGAAGGGCAUCCACCGCUCCCUCACGCACAUCCUCUCCACCGUCCCCGUGCCUUCGAUCCAACACCCUACCUCCGCACGCUCCGUCGACGAGGCACCAUGA